AUGCUUGUCUCUCAAUUAAUUGACGGUUCACCAUCUUCAGCAGCACUUCAAGUUCGAAAAGCCAUUAAAGAUAUGAAUGAUAGUCGUAUUCGAUCAAUAAUUGAUUGGGUUGAACAACAACCAGAUAAAUCGUUGAUUUCGGCAAGUGUUGUGUGUAAUGGUGAAGAUUUUGGAAUAGCCAAUUGGUCAAAAUUUCAAAAGCAUAAUUUAAUAGAUUUUGGCGAUGGACCUCCUAUAAAACAGAGAUGUAUGCCGGAAUAUGCAAUUGAUGGGUUAUAUAUGAUUCUUGGUGUCGAGAAUGGAGUAGAAGUUUACGUUAGUUUACAGACUGAAAAAUUAAAAAUCAUGGAACAGGAUCCUGAGUUUAAGAAAUUUAUUGUUCCAUAA